AGUCAAUUGCCCCCUUCUCCUUAUUAUCUCUUCGUUUAUAUUUUCCUCUCUUCAAUUUCCUACAUCGUCUCAACACACAAACUCACUCUCCUCUCUCUCUUUCUUUCCAUUACCAAGAAUUUCCUAUUCCCCCUCUUUCUCUUUCAACAAAAACAAAAAACUGAAACAUGGGUAGAUCUCCUUGUUGUGAGAAAGAACACACAAACAAAGGCGCAUGGACUAAAGAAGAAGACGAGCGUCUCAUCAAUUACAUCAAACUUCAUGGUGAAGGUUGCUGGAGAUCUCUUCCUAAAGCUGCCGGUUUACUGAGGUGUGGUAAGAGUUGUAGACUUCGAUGGAUAAACUACUUGAGGCCUGAUCUCAAAAGAGGAAACUUCAUUGAAGAAGAAGAUGAACUCAUCAUUAACCUCCAUAGCUUACUUGGAAACAAGUGGUCUCUAAUCGCUGCAAGGUUGCCUGGAAGAACUGACAAUGAGAUCAAGAAUUAUUGGAACACUCACAUAAAGAGAAAGCUUUAUAGCCGAGGAAUCGAUCCUCAAACUCAUCGUCCACUCAAUUCAGUCAUCACUUCUACACCUAAGAAAAGAAGCAACAAUAAUUCAAGCUCCAACAACACAAAUACUACUUCUACUGCUGCAAACGACAACGUUGUUUUUCAGAUAAAUAUGCAAAAAACAAAGAAGCAAGAAGUUUCGGAGUUAAUUGUGAUGAGUAACAUAAAUAAUGAAAAUGAAGAUUCAAAUAGUAGCAGUGGUGUAACGACGGAAGAAGUUUACCCAGAACUGAAUCUCGAGCUCUCCAUAGGCCUUCCUGCACAACAGAAUCCGAUUAUUUCGAGUUCUUGUAUCAAAGUAAAUGAUGAAUCUUCAAAUCAGAAAAAAAAGACUGGGGUGUGUUUGUGUUGCAAUCUAGGUUUUCAAAAUAGCCAGGCGUGUAGCUGUAAGCCCAGGGCAAUAGCAACUAGAAUAAUUACACCUCAAAAUAAUCUUUACAGAUAUUACAGUUCGCCCUUGGAUUCUUGAAAUUUAGGCCAAACUUUUGGUGGUCACAUGAUAAUUUGUGGUGGAAAAGAAAAGAA